CCUUUAAGGGUGUAUCAGGAGUAGUUUGAGUAGGAAAUAGGAAGUGCCAUUAACAUUUAGCACAAAGACCUAAAAACAACAGACGUUUGUGAGUGAUGGCAGGCAUAAAAGGUAAAAUCAAAAGGCAACGGUUGUUUGGAUCAGUUCAACUCGUAAUAAAAUCUCUUGUUACAUUAUCCUUCAGUGGAGCACUUGGACUGACAUUUCUCCUUUUGGGAUGUGCACUGGAACAGUUUGGAGUGUUCUGGCCUCUGUUUGUCCUCGUCUUCUACAUCCUGUCCCCUAUUCCUAAUUUAAUAGCCAGGAGGCAUGCGGAUGACACUGAAUCGAGCAAUGCUUGCAGAGAGCUGGCAUACUUUCUAACCACUGGUAUUGUGGUGUCAGCCUAUGGGUUGCCCGUUGUGCUUGCACGGAAAAGUGUUAUCCAGUGGGGGGCUUGUGGUCUGGUAAUGGCGGGUAAUUGUGUCAUUUUUCUGACCAUAAUGGGUUUCUUCUUGAUAUUUGGAGGUGGAGAUGACUUCAGCUGGGAACAGUGGUAAAGCCUGUCAGGAGGAAGAAAAAGAAACUACACAACUUUAAAUGGUUUCCCAUGGUAGUGCUGAUUAGUUAGAUGUUCAGUGGUUUGUGUGUUUCAGUUGAGGAAUCUCUGUCAUAGCUGCUCUGUUUUUCUGCUUCAUCUGUCCUUUAUUUGUUUCAUAUUUCAUGCUGGCACCUGCAUGGCUCAGUAUAUAUACAAAAAAAAUAUUUUAGCCUAUUUUUAAGAUUUACGCAUUUCAACAAAAUUCCUUCAAAUUGAAUUUUUUUACUAAAUUAAAUUAAUACAACUUAAAAUAUUUAGUUUUUUAUUUUAUUUAAUUUGAUGGAAUUUUGUUAUGAAAUAUAACAUUGAGUGUACAGGGAUUUGCUUAAAAUGAGAGAGUUCUGCUGUUUUAAACGUUCUUGUUGUAAUAUUUUGACAGCAAAAUGACAAGAACAAGGUCAUAUUUCACCCCAAAAUCUAAAGGAAACGAUUUUGCUUAUAGAAAGUGAAGCCUAUUUUUAGGACUACUAAGAUUUUUUUGUUGCAAUUUUCAUUACAGUAUUGUGAAAGAAACAAAAUCUUUAAAUUGUAUCACAAAGUAUUUAUGCAUCAUGUAAGAAUUUGUUGUACUGCUUUUAUGCUAAUUAAAAUAAUAAUUAUUUUUUACUAUUAUAUUUAUAAUAAAUAUAUUAUAAAAUAUAGUAUUAUAUUUUGUUACUGUAAUGCAGUAAAACAGUACUAUAUUGCUUAUUACAGUUAUGAGAAUUAGCAUUGAGAAUUACAACAAAAACAAUUGUAAAGGUAGUGAUUUAUUGGUGAAAUGAUUUUGGGUUGAAAUACAAUGUGGAUAUGUUUUCAUGAGGUUCACUAUGUAAAGUAUUGAUUGAAGUAUGAAUAUUAAUCCUUUAUGCAAGACAUGAACAAACUUGGCAUCUGUAUUGAGAAAUAAUUUCUUAUCUGAUAACAAAAUUACCAAAAUAGCCUUUUUAUUAAAAAUAAAACUAUUAAUGGUAGGAAUUUAAUAACACAUCAAGGUAAACAUUGAAUUUUCAUAUUUGUCUAGGCAUGAAUGUAACCUCUUUUUAUUGUGACCACUUAGUUAGCCUGAUUGAAUCAUUAAUUACCAUUAACCAUUUUGAAGUAACAUUUGCACUCGCUAUCCAUUGAGGUAUAGUUCACAACUAAUAACAAAGCCUCUGUCACCUUGUGAUAAAGCAGCUCUUUGUUUUUGAAUACAGAAGCAGUGCCAUGGCAGUAUAUGAAAUGUUUUUUGUUGUUGGCUUUUUUUGUUUUUGCUAUACCACUUAUGUCAAAUAUGCACUGUACUGUUAAGCUUUAACCUUCUUUACCAAAGUGGAACUCUUUCUAUUCCUUCACUUUUUGAUUCCUUCCUCAAAUUUACUGUUGAUCUUAAAAAAGAAGAAAAGUUUAAAAAAUAUAUGCUAAUUACAAUCAUCACCAGCCUUCUUGUAAUUAUAGAAUUUUCUUUGUUUUUAGUUACUAUAUUUAUAUUAAAAUGGCAUAUGAUUCUACAUUUUCAGGGACUCCAAUCUCAUAACUGACAUAAUUCUGUAUCAAAACUUAUGAAACACUAGACUAUGCAACCCAAUAUUCACUGUAUAGUAAAUACAUUUCAGAUCCAAUUUCUCCUGGAAUUCAGGGUGUUCAGUAUGUAAUCUUUUACAGUUUCACACUACAAAUGUUGUUAAUGAAAUGUCCAUGUGGAUUAUUGUGAUUUUAAUCCACUUUCUUGUUUUGUUUCUUCAACCCGAGUUUAGCUUCACUUCAUGUAAAAUCAGUCGAAACAGGAAUUGUAAAAGGGAUAUGCUUUUCUUUGUGGCCUUUGAAUCUGUUGACAGCACUUUCAAACAGUAUCUAUUUGAUUAUAUGAAUUAAAACACUUGAAUUUUU